GCCGAGCAUCUGGCGGAGUGCUGGCCGGCUGGUGUGGUGGAGGACGGGGAGAGAAGAAGAAGGAGGAUCCGGGAGCAAGCGACAACAAAAAAGGGUCUGGCCUGGGACUUGGCAAAACGGGAUCAUCGAAGGUUCAUUGAAGGAUCGUCAUUUUUUUUGUUCCUUUGAUUUUAUUUCUCAUAUUUUGAAGCUUCUUCUGUUUUCCAUUGAGAAUAUCAUCCGUACGAUUUGCACUCUUGGCGAUGCCGUCCAACACUGUUGCCACCAACAACACCACUGCAUUCCAAAGCUUAGACUACACCUGCGAUGCACCUGGGAACAGAAUGAGGGAGAGCACGAUACUGGACAAAGAGCUGGCACCAGAAGAGAAAUCCUCUAAAAGCAACACCAGCUGUAAAGAGGGCCGGCCUGCUGGGAGAAAACACAAGCAGAUCGCUGCGGAGGGCAGUGUGUCUGUGAAGGACAGUGUGCCCGGAGGCCUCAGUCUCACCGGGGUGGCAGCGGAAAUAGAGAGAGUGUCUGUGGCGCAGGUGCAGAAUGGAGUCAUGAGCAGCGGGCACAGAGACAGGACCCAGGCUGAUGCCAGCGGCGGGCACACAGACAGAGACAGGACCCAGGCUGAUGCCAGCAGCGGGCGCACAGACAGAGACAGGACCCAGGCUGAUGCCAGCAGCGGGCACACAGACAGAGACAGGACCCAGGCUGAUGCCAGCGGCGGGCACACAGACAGAGACAGGACCCAGGCUGAUGCCAGCAGCGGGCACACAGACAGAGACAGGACCCAGGCUGAUGCCAGCAGCUGCCCAAAGCAAGAGAGGAAAGGUCCAGAGAAGAACGGGUUACCAGAUGCCCCUGGUUCCCCCAGUGCCAGUCAGUCUGAAGACGGUCCCCUAGGACCACCCACCCUCCUGCAAAAGAGCCGGAGCCCCCGCUCUCUGGAGAACAGGUUUCUAGUGAGCCGGGAGCCGAGCCGGGAUCCGAGCUGGGACGAGCAGGAGGACUCUGAGAAAGACAAAGAGGAGACUCUGACAACUCCGCCACGCAAGAAACGAGGCAGGCGGAAACUGGAGCGCCCAACAAAAUAUGUGGAGCAGAAGGAGGAUGGAGGUGAUACAGCCAAGAAACAGGGAGUUGGAGGCCCUGGGACAGGCAGGCUGCGUGGCUCCGUCAGUCUGCGUCAGAGGCCCAUUCCCAGAGUAACCUUCCAGGCCGGGGACCCAUAUUACAUUAGCAAGAGGACCAGGGAGGAGUGGCUGGCCAAGUGGAAGAUGGAGGCAGAGAAAAAAGCCCAACUGGUGUCAGUGUUGAACUUAAUGGAGGACCAUGAGGAGAUGGAGCCUGAGCCUGAACAGAAAGAAGAGGUGUCAGUCAUCACACCCCACCAGCAACAACAACAACAACAGCAGCCCACGAACCCAGCGUCCCCGACUGUGGCCACCACACCUGAACCUGUCCCCUUGGCAGGAGGGGACAAGACAUCCCCCAAGAUUGCCGAUACUGAGCCGGAGUAUGAGGACGGGCGGGAUUUCGGCAUUGGGGAGCUGGUGUGGGGGAAGCUGAGGGGGUUUUCUUGGUGGCCUGGUCGUAUUGUCUCCUGGUGGAUAACCGGACGCAGCCGAGCUGCCGAGGGGACACGAUGGGUCAUGUGGUUCGGUGAUGGAAAAUUCUCAGUGGUGUGUGUAGAGAAACUGUUGCCUUUCAGUUCCUUCUCCAACGCCUUCCAUCAGCCCACCUUCAUCAAGCAGCCCAUGUAUAAGAAAGCCAUCUACGAGGUGCUACAGGUGGCUAGCACCCGUGCAGGCAAAGCCUUCCUUGCCUGUCCAGAGAGCACACCAAACCCACACAACACCCAGAUGAUAGAUUGGGCUAUGACAGGCUUCCAACCCACCGGGCCCAAGGGCCUAGAGCCACCAGAAGAGGAGCGUAACCCAUAUAAGGAGGUGUACCCUGACGUCUGGGUGGAGCCAGAGGCGGCGGCCUACACACCCCCUCCAGCCAAAAAGCCUCGCAAAAGCACAGCAGCCGAGAAACCCAAGGUCAAGGAGAUGAUUGAUGAGGGGACGAGAGAGAGACUCGUGUAUGAAGUGAGACAGAAGUGCAGAAGCAUAGAGGACAUCUGCAUCUCCUGUGGAAGUUUGAAUGUUUCCCGUGAACACCCUCUGUUUGCUGGAGGAAUGUGCCAGAGCUGUAAGAACUGCUUUCUAGAAUGUGCAUAUCAGUAUGAUGACGAUGGUUACCAGUCAUACUGCACCAUCUGCUGUGGAGGACGAGAGGUUCUCAUGUGUGGGAACAACAACUGCUGCAGGUGUUUCUGUGUGGAGUGUGUUGACCUACUUGUGGGGCCAGGUGCAGCACAGAUAGCUAUAAAAGAGGAUCCCUGGUGCUGCUACAUGUGUGAGAAGAGCCAGAAGGGCGUGUUCGGCCUGCUGGAGCGUCACACUGAUUGGCCCUGCCGUCUACAGCACUUCUUCGCUAACAAUCACGACCAAGAUUUUGAACAACCAAAGCUUUACCCUCCAGUCAUGGCAGAGAAGAGACAACCUAUUCGUGUCCUGUCACUGUUCGACGGCAUAGCAACAGGUCUGCUGGUGCUAAAGGAGCUGGGUAUCCAGGUGGAGCGCUAUGUGGCGUCGGAGGUGUGUGAGGACUCUAUCACGGUGGGCAUCGUCAGGCAUCAGGGACGCAUCAUGUACGUGGGCGACGUGAGGAACGUCACACGCAAACAUUUACACGAGUGGGGCCCCUUUGACUUAGUGAUUGGUGGAAGUCCGUGUAACGACCUCUCUAUUGUCAACCCAGCUAGGAAGGGUCUUUAUGAGGGCACUGGUCGGCUGUUCUUUGAGUUCUACCGCCUGCUGCACGAGGCUCGGCCCAAAGAGGGCGACAACCGGCCGUUCUUCUGGCUCUUUGAAAACGUGGUGGCGAUGGGCGUCAGUGACAAGAGGGACAUCUCUCGCUUUCUAGAGUGUAACCCGGUGAUGAUCGAUGCCAAGGAGGUGACUGCUGCCCACCGUGCUCGCUACUUCUGGGGCAACCUGCCUGGCAUGAACAGGCCCUUGACGGCCAUGUUCACGGACAGACUAGACCUUCAGGACUGUUUGGAGCACGGCAGAACAGCGAAGUUUGGCAAAGUGAGGACCAUCACCACUCGCUCUAAUUCCAUUAAGCAGGGUAAAGACCAGCACUUUCCCGUCUUCAUGAACGAGAAGGAGGACAUUCUUUGGUGCACUGAGAUGGAGAGGGUGUUUGGCUUCCCAGUCCAUUACACAGACGUGUCCAACAUGAGUCGGCUGGCCAGGCAAAGGCUUCUGGGAAGGUCGUGGAGUGUACCGGUCAUCCGACACUUGUUUGCACCACUCAAAGAAUAUUUUGCCUGCGUUUAACAAGACUUGGCUCAACAAGACCACCUGCGUUUAACAAGACUUGACUUAACUAGACCAUCACAAACAUAGAACUGAUGUUGUAACCAGAAACAUGAGCAUUGGUGAAAUUAUACUACUCCCUGGUACCUGGUAUCAUUUGCCAGGCAAGCAAAACAUCAUGAAAGUAAAUAUUUCAAAUUAUUUCUUGUAAUUUGAAAUGUACUUCUUAUUCUAUUUAAUAUGUAUAUGUAAUUUUACCUUUUAGCAGUGUUAUCCAGUAUUUUUUAAAUUGAUUUAUUUGUGCAAGCUAUACUUGAGACAAGGCUUUCUUCUCAAGGCACUGAGAAAGAAGAAACUAGGAUCUGUGUGGCUUUUAGAAUAAGGACUAGGAUUGGAUGAUUGGAAAAGAUCUGAAAGAGAGUUGAUGAUACUGUAUGUACAGUAUGUAUGUGAAAGAUAUUGGCUGUGUAGGCAUGAUUUUCUAUUGGCAAAUAUCUGAAGUGGGUAAAGCAAGCCAGCGAUAGUAUCGUCAUGUUGAGUUUAGAUUCCUCCAGCUACUGAGCCUCGCAGAGCUAAAGUGAAUAAGGGUGAUUGUCUUCAGUGUCAUAGAAAGCUGUGUCUUAAUGAAUCCAAAACAUCAGAUCACAUAUACCUCUUUGUUUAAAGUUUAUAUACACAGUUAACUGAAGGUAAAGGUACUACUGUAAAAUGGUUACAAUACCAUGGUGCUUCACGACGAUAGGAAGCAUCACAGGUCACGUGGCACAGGCACUACACUUUAAACAAGAUGGGACAUUUUUUUUUUCAGUGUAAUGUUUUCACUAUUUAAAGAAGUUCUGUGUUAUUUUAGUAAAUUUAAAUGAUUUCAAAGUGGCGAUUAAAGGUGUGGUGACAGUAGACUGCAGAACAAUAUGCCAUAUCCUCCUCUUUUCUGUUUUACAGCUUUUAUAAACAUCAAUUCUACUGGUGUUUUUUAAAUAAUUGUUCAAGCCUUGCUACGUGUAAACUCAGGCCCCCCCAUGCAUGCCUGUGUCUGACUCUGCACAAACACAACAUGAAGCUAGCCACAUGGGCGGUGAUGCAUUCUGUCCUUACAACAACAACAAAAUACCUUAAGAUCAAAGUCUGUGGUGAUGCUUCUUUUCUAAUGUCAUCACUGUACAACUGUUAGUGAGCACGGUGGUUGGACUGGAGGGAGGGCAGAUGGCCUGGGGUUUCCACAAUAAAGUAAAGACUCUCUCCUUCCCUUUUUCACCCCUGCAAACUACAUACUGUCAGGUGCAAAUCUUCUAACAAAAUGGUGCGGCUUCACAAUGUUCUUCUACCUUUUUAUAGCGAUUUUGUGCUGUUUUACCAACAUUGUAAAGCACUUUUUUAUAUGUAUACUUUUUUUUUCUUCAGUAUUUUAAAAUGUUUCUUCUUGGUUUUUCUUGUGAAAUGUUGUUUUUAUGAUGUGAACUGUUCUACAGCUGUGUAAUACAGUAUGUUUUCUAUACAGUAGGGCUGUGCCAAUAGAAGUGGAAGAAUGGACUCAUAGAAUUAUGUUAAAUCCAUAUAUCCAUGGAAACGAUUGAUUAUUGAUCCUACUCAAUGUACAGUAGAUUCAUAGAAAAUGAUUGAUGUGCUCCAUUUUCAUAUUGUCUUCUGUUGAAAGCCGUAAUUCAGUAUGCCAUUCUCUGGAUAAAAAAAAAAGACAUUGUAGAAUUUAAAACAGAGUUGAGGAACUAUGUUAUACCGUAUGUUUGUAACGUUACUUUUCCAAAUGAAUUUCAGAACGCAGAUGCAAUGUCCUCUGCACCUUCCUCUUGUAGACCUCAAAUAAUUAGAAAACGCGAGAGUGAUAGAGACAGAUUUUCAAACUGAUUACAGGACCUGCUCCAGGCAUAAGCGUUUUUUUUAUUUUUAGGAACUCAGUCGGGGUCUGAACUUACUAUUGAAAGUAAGAAUAGUACAAUACACCAGGUGCAAUUUAGACAUUUGGUUGGGCAUCAUUCUGCAGUUUUUCUUUUGUUUUGUCAGUCACUGACAGUCACUCAAUUGGCCAUGUCAGCUAAUCAUUUUUAGAUUGGUAGUUAGUCUAGCCUGCUAUCUAAACUUGAGUAGUCAUGGCCAAAUACUGACCGGCCAAGCAGGGCACGUGCCUAGGGCCCUGACUUCAAGGGGCCCCAUUUAUUUGGUUAGUUAUUCUCACUCUAAAUCUUGGCAAAAUGGAUAGAAGUGCAGGAAAUUAGCUAUAAAACUGAAAAAUAAAUGUUCUGCCCCAUGGCAAAAUGAGUAGAAUUGCAUGAAAUGUGUGAUGAAAUUGCAAAAAGAAUUCUCUGUCCAAUGGCAAAAUGUGUAGAAUUGCAGAAAACUUUAUUUAAAACUGCAACAUUUUCUCUACGCCCCAUGGCAAGACGUGUAGAAUUGCUGGGAAUUCAUUUUUAAAUUUGUGGACGAUUUAGAAAUUAGUUUUUCAGAACUCAAAACUGAAGAGUGAACGGUGACCAGAAAAAUACAGUAGCAGAGAUGAUGACUUACCAAUGUUGUAUCUAAAUAUUCUAAAUGACUUCAUUUCAUAAAUGUAGUUUCAUACAUGAUUAAGUUCUUAAGUGACCUUAUCGUAUCCUUUCCACCUUUUUAGUUGAACUUCGGACAUUGGGUUUGCAGGAAUCCUCAUGCGUUGUGUUGACAUUGAUGUUAAUUCCCUUUGCCUAUAGUAAAUGACCAUGCCCCUUGUACAGUUUGUACAUAGAGUUUUCCUGUCACUGUUUUUGAUUAGUUUUUAUCUUUUUGAAUUACCUAUGAGAUGUACAAAUAUAAUUCUUUGCUAAUAUAUAUCAUGGAAUUAGAAAAAAAAAGAUUAGGUGAAAAAGUAAAAAGAAAAUCAAGUAAAAAGAGUUUUUUUUUUAAAAUAUCAUAAUAAGCUAUGAAGCAUUAGAGGGUAGACUCCAAGUGUUGCCUUCUAGUACUGUUCAUUUGUUUGAUUUGUUUUUUGAUGUUUUGAGUGAGUCCUGAGUGAAUCCAGUUUAAAUGUGUCAAGUGAUCUUUAGCCUAAUAAUGACAGCUUUAAGAUGCAACGGUCUCUACUUCACUGCACAGCCCUACAUAAUGUUGGUUGUUUUUGCCUUUUGUUUCUUUUUAUAACAACUAUAAAGAGGGAUUGUAGGUGUUUCUGACGGUGCUAAACAUUUUAUCUAAUCAAGAAAAAAUAUAUUUGUUUUGGAAGAGAAAUAAAACUUGUCUUGACAAUGACUGUUUUUAACUUCCUUGUAGUAUGAUGGAAAAGCACCAUUAUUUCACUCUCAUAGGAUGCAUAUAUUAACAUUUGAACUUUUGACUUGAAAAAAAAUAUAAAUAAUAAUUAGUUUCCUAUAUUGUUUUAGACUAGAAAUUGCUGUAGUUGGUUGGUGCUUAUCUGUUGGAAAAACCAUUUACUCCAUAAUGGGAAAUAACAAAAAAAUAAAAGCAUUUCAGUAAUAACGUUUACUGUAGCAUAAUGUAUGUGUAAAACCUGGCAUUCGCUUUGCUUCUUAAUCCUACAUUCCGUGCCAUAAUAUUCUGUCCUCCAUGUCUUGUUUUCGAUGGUCAUUUUUUGUUAUUAUUGGCAAAUAUUAUACUGUGUCCCAAAUGGCACCCUAUUCCCUAUAUAGUGCACUACACUACAUUGGACACUAGUCAAAAGUAGUGCGCUAUAUAGGGAAUAGGGUGCCAUUUAGGAUUCUUUCCCAUGACAUUUCACUGUUCCAAUGCAUCAGACAGGUCAGUUUGUGUGACUUUUUUUUGUGUCAUAUUCAUUGUUUUAUGGCCUAUGUUCUUUGUCUUUAAGAUGAUCAGUGCAUACAGCAGAUGUAGCAGUCAUUCUCCACCCUUUACCCAUUACUUAUGUUUUAGUGCCCAGAAAUAAGAAAACGGCUCCUUAUGUAUUUGUGCUGGAGAACACUUGAAUAAAUGUAUUGUUUUUGUGCAAAAAUAUGA